ACAAUGUCCACCAUCCCAAUCUUCAGCCUGGAAACCAUUCCCGCAGCCCAUGUCUCAGAUACGAUGCUCGAGCAAGCUGCAGGGUUGUUCUCGGCUGCAUAUGGUGUUUGGAGUGCGGAAGCGGCGGAGAGAAUGGGGAGGAGGUAUUGUAAGCAGGGUACACGUGUUAAAAUGACGCCCCUGCGUCUCCGCGACCAGUGCCUUGCGCCGGGUACAAACAGUGUUUUUGUACGGGCAAUGGCUGGUAGUAGUACGACUAGCGAUGAUGAUGAGGACAGCAAGACGCUUGUGGGAUAUGCGUUUGCGACAAGCUGGAUGUAUGGCGAGCGCUGUGUGUGCUGGGUUACGCAGUUGUGUGUUGAGGGGGGGUAUCGGAGGCAGGGGUUAGCAACAAAGAUCCUAUCCCGUCUGCGAGAAGAGAGCCAAAACAACACCAACAACACCAACAACAUCAUGGCCUUUAGUAUCCUAUCCUCGCAUCCCGCAGCUAUCAUGGCUGCACUACGUGCAUGGGGCCGCGGCAUCGAAGCCGUAGACAUUCAAUUUGCAAAGAACCAUGCCGCGGGGAUCAUGGCUGCGUCACCCGUUGCGUAUGUGAGGGACGCGAAGCUCAAAGGCAGUAUUUUCGGUAUUCACGAUCACGACAACGAGGAUGGUGCAGUGUGUUGUGCCGAUACAAAAUUUUGGGUUGACCAUGCGGAACCUUUGACUGUACUGGCUGAGGUCAAGGCGAAUAGGAACAUGGAUGUUUGGCCGUUUGGCGAGUUGCCGCCGGGCUGUGAGUUUUUGGCUCUGUGUUGA